AUGUCUUUAGAAGAGAACGAAACCUUUUCUUUUGUUGAAGAACAAAUAGAACUUACUCCAAAAAGUUUUUCGAAAAAGAGGAAUAGAGUUUCAUUUAUGGCCUGUGAUAAAUGCAGGAGCAUGAAAAAAAAAUGUGAUGGAGAUUAUUUGAGUCGAAAGACUUGUUCAUCUUGUGCUGGACGCGAAGAAGAAUGUAGAUAUUCAGACAGUCAUAAAAGAAAGGCUGUAGAAGCAAAUGAUGUUCGACAAUUUAUUAAUAGACUUGAGGUUAUUGGUGAUGAGAUUCAAAAAUUGACGGGUGAACUGAGAAAAUUUUACGAAUUGAGUAAAAAUCAAGAUAAUUUAAAAGUUCUUGGAAGUGAAGACGAUUUCAAUAACGAUAAUCAUGUAUCUUGUUCAGAUAACCUUAAAAAGAAACAACCUGAAGUAAAACGUUCUCAUAAAUCUAAAUCCAAAAUUUCUGGAUUAAAAAGGAAUUCUAAAGAAUCAAAAAAAGAGGAUUCAUCAUCAAAAAAACAAGAUGCCGCAAAAGGUUAUUUUUCAAAAAUCUAUAUUCCAAAGGGAAAGUAUGUAACGCAUCAAUUUGAUCUCAAGGAUUUUAAUGGUGCCUCUUCUCAAUUUGAGAAUACUCAACCUCAACCUUCUCCACCUUCACCUGCUAACAAUUCUGAAUUAAUUGCAACUGAUAAUACCGAUUUUAGUAAUAAUAAUACUUCAAAUUCUUUUCCUGAAAAUUUGUCUUAUGUUUUUUCUCCUUCGGAACAUAUGAUUUCAAACCCAAUUUUCCUUUACAACGAUUUAAAUGGAAUUUUAUAA